AAGCAACUCCCUACAUUCAGAUGUUGAAGGUCUCAAUUUACAAUUCUUAUUUCAAAUGAGUAAAACCAAAGGCUGUAAAACAUUAUUUUUCUAAAUGAAGCAUUGUUCUUGAAACAAAUCUUAAGCUCAGGUGCUCUCUAUGGUGGUGGGUUUUUGACUAUGCUACCCUGUGCGGUUGUGCCAUUCUAUCAUUGGAGAGAGAACGGAUUAACUUUUAAUUUUGAAAUGAUUUCUCUUUUUAUAUGGAAUACCAGUUUUAAGGAUUUUUUAAUUAUUAUUUUAACUUCAAGUUUUCAAUUUCUUAAUAAAGAUAUUCCCUUUAGAAAAAUAAUAGCCAUGCUUUUCCAAUAUGAAAAAAGUUGACAAAGAGUAACUUUUUUGCUAAAAGAACUCGAGACAAAAGUAAAAAGAAUCAAUUAUCUUGUUGAAUCACAUAAAUUCGAUGGUUCAAGUGCUCUGUUUCUUCAAUGAUUCUUGGCUUCUUGUUAAGAUCAAGUGAAAUACCUCUUAUGAAGAAGGUGAAGAAAAUAUCACUUUGACAAGGUGUUGUCUAUUAGAUCAGGAGAGCAACGAGCCACUGAGGUCCAUUUCACAUAUUUACAUCAUUACCUUUAGGCUUAAGCCCCCCACUGAAAAACCUCAUGAAGCUCCAGUUGUUAGCAGUGAUUACUACCACUGUCCUCCUACUGCCUUUUCUUCCGUUAAUUAUUGCUGACCUAAACUCUGACCGACAAGCUCUCCUUAACUUUGAUGCUGGUGUGCUACAUCGUCGAAAAAUCAACUGGAAUUCUUCUGUUCCAGUGUGCUCUUGGUUUGGCAUCACCUGCAAUGAGAAUGGAACUAGAGUGACUGCCAUUCAUCUCCCAGGUGUUGGACUCUCUGGCCCCAUCCCAGCCAACAGUAUCGGAAAGCUAGAUGCUCUUAGAGUCCUCAGCCUCCGAUCCAACUACCUCCAUGGAAAUCUUCCUUCUGAUAUACCCUCCAUCCCUUCCCUCCAGGCCCUCUAUCUUCAACACAACAAUUUCUCUGGUGAAAUUCGUGCUUCUCUUUCCCCGCAUCUCAAUGUAUUGGAUUUCUCAUUCAAUUCAUUUACUGGUAACAUUCCACCCACAAUUAAGAAUUUGUCGCGACUCACUACUUUGAGCCUCCAGUUCAAUUCAUUUUCUGGAGCUAUUCCUGAUCUCAAACUCCCAAGACUCAAGCUUCUAAAUUUGAGCUUUAACAUACUAAAUGGUUCAAUUCCAUUUUCUAUCCAAAAGUUUCCAGUUUCUUCAUUCGAGGGAAACACCCUUUUAUGUGGCUCACCUCUGACUAAUUGCUCUAUAAUGCCCCCUUCUUCUCCUUCUCCAACUUACUUGCCAUCUCCAUCUGUUGUCCAUGGAGCGCGAAAUGCUGGCCGCAAUAAGAAACUGGGUGCAGGCGCUAUCGUUGCCAUUGCAAUAGGGGGGUCUUCAAUGUUUUUUCUUCUAUUUCUAAUGGUCUUGUUCUGCUGCUUGAAGAAGAAAGAUAGUGGUGACAGUGCUGUGCUGAAAGGGAAGGCUUCUAAUGGUGGGAGAAGCGCGAAGCCUGAAGACUUUGGGAGCGGGGUGCAAGAAGCUGAGAAGAACAAGUUGGUCUUCUUUGAAGCGUGCUCAUAUAACUUUGAUCUUGAGGAUUUAUUGAGGGCUUCAGCUGAAGUUCUUGGGAAGGGAAGUUAUGGAACAGCUUAUAAGGCCGUUUUGGAUGAGGAGACAACUGUGGUGGUGAAAAGGUUGAAGGAAGUGGGGGUCGGGAAGAGGGAGUUUGAACAGCAAAUGGAGAUUGUAAGAAGGGUUGGGCAGCACCCUAAUGUUGUACCACUCCGUGCUUAUUACUAUUCUAAAGAUGAGAAACUUCUAGUCAAUGAUUACAUGCCAGCCAGCAGCCUGUCUUCACUCUUGCAUGGCAAUAGAGGCAUAGGAAGAACUCCACUAGACUGGGAUUCAAGGGUGAAGAUCUCACUUGGAACUGCUAGGGGAAUUGCCCACAUCCAUUCCGAGGGUGGUGUUAAAUUCACCCAUGGCAACAUCAAGUCCUCCAAUAUCCUCCUCACCCAAGAUCAUGAUGGUUGCAUCUCUGAUUUUGGAUUGACUCCUCUAAUGAACUUCCUUGCAAACACAUCUCGAGGUGCAGGAUACCGUGCUCCAGACGUGAUUGAAACCCGCAAGGUCACUCAGAAAUCUGAUGUCUACAGCUUUGGUGUUCUCCUCCUUGAGAUGCUAACAGGCAAGGCCCCUCUCCCAUCUUCAGGGCGUGACGAUAUCAUUGAUCUACCAAGGUGGGUGAGGUCUGUUGUCCGGGAGGAGUGGACAGCCGAAGUUUUUGAUGUGGAGCUGUUGAGGUACCAAAAUGUGGAAGAGGAGAUGGUGCAGAUGUUGCAGAUUGCACUUGCAUGCGUUGCAAAAGCUCCAGAUAUGCGACCGGCAAUGGACGAAGUUGUUAGAAUGAUUGAGGAUAUGCGACAAUCUGAGUUGGAGAAUCGGCCAUCCUCUGAGGGUAACUCCAAGGACUCCAAUGUGCAAACCCCAUGAUUAUUUGGAGGUUGUUGAACGAUGGAGAACCGAGUCAACUGACCAUUCAGCUACUCCCUUCCAUCAGUAUUAUCUCAUUCAUUAGGCUGCUUCAAAAUUUGUAUUACAUCCUCUGUAAGGUGUCAACCAAGGUUGCUCAUGUAACACUUUAUGUCCAAUUUAUGAGUUCUGGAAGGCUUUCUGUAUUAUGAAAUUCGAUCUUCUUUCUACUGUU